AUGAUGAUGAUGGACACCACACAAGACAAUCAUGAAAUGGUGAAUGAUGGUUAUUCUCAAGGAGGAGAUGCCAUGCAACAAGAAGAUGCCGAUAACAAUUGUUAUCAAACAUUUUUUGCAGAACAUACCGAGUUAUCGGAAUUGAUUCAACAAUAUGAAGUGAAAGAAUGUUAUGAGAAUAUUCAACAAACAGGUACUGCCAUCAAUAGAAUUCUAUCAAAAUAUAUGGAACAAAGUCAAUUGUUGGAUCCUCAUUUGACUCAAAUGGUUUCGGAAUUGAUGCGUAUUGCUAGGAGAGUGAUUGGACUCAAUUCGGAAAAGAUAACAUUUGACAUUACUUUUCAAGAAAAACAAAUUAGGCACAAUUUAUUUCAAAGUAUUUGCACCUUGACGAAAGUGAGAGGUCAAAAAGUAGUGACAAAAUUAUUUCCUCAUGAAAUUGUUGAUUUGGAACCAUUAUUUGAAAUUUACAAGACGAUUCCAGCAAAUGAAUGGGAAACAAAAUACAUUUUACUUUUAUGGUUGAGCAUGAUUGUUAUUAAUCCAUUUGAUUUGACAGUGGUGGAUCCAACCAAUCAACUCCCAACCCGAAUGCUUGAGGAAUGUAAAGCUCAGUUAUCAGAACCAGGAAAAACCCGAGAUUCUGCUUCCUUAUUAAUUUCUAGAUUACUCACAAGACCAGACAUGGCAACAGAACACUUACCAGACUUUGUACAGUGGGGAAUUGAAACUUUAUCCAACCCAAAAACCACCACUUUUUUGAGAGCUGGAAUUCUUCGAAGUAUUGUCAUGAUUUUCAAAAUUGGAAAGCGAGAUGAAUUACUCAACAUCAUUCCAAUUGUUUGGAGUAGUGUCAUUUCAGAGGCUGACACCAAUAAUACCAUGUUGAGACACCUCAAUGUGAAACUCAUCCAAAGAAUUGGUCUUACCUUUUUAAAACCUCGUGUUGUGGCAUGGAGAUAUCACACAACAAGACUCACUCUGAUGCAUUUGAAAAACCAAGCAACUCAACAAACGAGUUCCAAUGAAGAUACUUCUGACGAAGAGAUUGAAAUUCCAGAGGAGAUUGAACAAAUUAUUUCACAUCUCAUUAAUGGUUUGAGAGACAAGGAUACCAUUGUGAGAUGGAGUACUGCCAAAGGCAUUGGAAGAAUUACACUACGUUUGCCCAAAUAUUUGGGAGAUCAAAUUGUUGAGUCUGUUUGUGAAUUGAUGAACCCCAAUGAAGACGACAGUUCAUGGCAUGGUGCUUCUCUUGCAUUGGCCGAGUUAGCACGAAGAGGUCUCUUGCUACCAGAACGGCUCGAGCAAGUCAUACCACUUUUAGAGCAAGCCCUUGUGUAUGAUGUCAGAAAAGGAACUCAUAGCGUCGGUGCUCACGUUCGUGACGCUGCUUGUUACGUGUGUUGGGCAUUCGCUAGAGCGUAUGCUCCAGAUAUCAUGAAACCUUACAUGAAUAGACUUGCUCAAGGUCUUGUUAAAAUUGCUGUAUUCGAUCGAGAGGUUAAUUGUCGAAGAGCAGCUGCUGCUGCAUUCCAAGAAAAUGUUGGACGUCAAGGAAGUUUCCCCCAUGGUAUUGACAUUAUUACUGUCGCUGAUUACUUUUCAUUGUGCAAUCGAACCAACUCGUAUCUCACCAUCAGUCACUACAUUGCCCAGUAUCCAGAGUAUUGCCAAAGUUUAAUUUCUUAUUUGGUGGAUACAAAGGUCACACAUUGGGAAAAAUCAAUUCGAGAACUCGCCUCAAAGACCAUAGCUAAAUUGUGUGACAGAGACUCUACAUUUAUUUUCAACAAUAUUAUUCCAAUAUUGAUUGAUCGAUGUGUGGAAAAUGAUCUCAAUGCAAGACAUGGUAGUUUAUUGGCUUUGUCAGAGGUGAUUCUUGCUCUCAAGAAAAGUGGCAUCUCUUUCGACGAGAAUUUGCAAGAGAAAAUUCGACACAUUGUACCAAACAUUGAAGCCAAAAGAUUGUACCGUGGCAAGGGAGGAGAAAUCAUGAGAGAAGCUGUUUCCAGAUUCAUCGAAUGUAUGGCUCUCAGUCAUAUCACUCUACCUGCUACAAUGGUUGUGACUUCCUCCGUUGGUAAUAGACAACUCAAAAAGAAAUCUCUCUCCAUUUUCCAAGAAACGAUUGACGAAAAUUUAAAACAUCCAAACAAUGAAAUUAUUGAGAUGGCUGUCAAAUCACUAAAAGCAUUCGCAGCCGAAUACUAUGAAGCACAUUCUGAGUUUGCUCAAGAGACUGCCAAGAAGUACAUUCAACAAUUAGAAACAGAAGUCAAUCCUGCAACUCGAAGAGGUCUUGCACUCGCUCUAGGAGUGUUGCCAAAACAAGUCAUGGAACCUAACUUUAAUCGGGCCAUCGAUAUUCUCAUCAGCAAGCUCGAAUUGGAACAAGACCCAGAUUUACAAGAUGCCGAUGCAAGAAGAAAUGCAAUUCUUGGAAUCAUUUCUCUUUGUGAAAAUGUUGGAAUUGGAGAACAUGGUAUUACUGAAUCGAAUGUCAACAAAAUUUUCAAUGCAUUUAUUAAGGGAACUAAUGACUAUGCUGUCGACAAGAGAGGUGAUGUGGGAUCAUGGGUUCGAGAGGCCUCCAUGUCAGCCUUGGAACGAUGGGCCUACUUGUUAGCGAAUAGCACUCUCUUCAGUGUCGAAAUGGGUACCAAUCUAAUGAGAGCUCUCUUGAAACAGGCUGUCGAAAAGAUUGAUCGUGUCAGAGACAAUGCCUCGAAAACCAUUUGCCGUAUACUCUCCAAUGAACUUGUACAAAAUAUUCCACACAAACAUGAGCUUGUUUCCGUCAUUGUUCAACACAAUACCACAGAGAGAAAUGAACUCAUGGAUUGGUCCUCUGCCGAGAAGUCAUUCCCAAUCUUUGUGAAAUUAUUAGAUUUGGAUAUUUACAGAUAUUCUAUUUUGAGUGGACUUGUUGUGAGCAUGGGUGGAAUGUCAAGUCAUGUUUUCAAGUACAGUACCACUGCUCUCAUUGAACACUUGAAACCUCAAAAAGAGUUGGGAGAAAAGGUAUUUUCAGAUAUGCUGUCCGUUGGUUUAGAAUAUGCUCAAGAUGAUCGAGUCAUUGUUCCACUCUUGAAAUCAUUUGCCUUAUUAUUGGGACAUGGAGUUUUUGAAAAAUUCCAACCACCUCAAUACAACAUGAGUGAGCAACUAGUUCUCAAUACCACCAAAGAAAUUACUGGCACUUGCAAAAACGUUCAAAAAAUCAUGCUCGCUGUCGAUUUAUUCUGUGAACUCAUCAAAUUUGAAAACCCCACCAAGGAAAAGGCCUUCCAACGACUCUUCCACACAUGUCUCAUGAGUAAAUUCCCCAAAGUUCGUGAAUAUACUGCCAAUCAAUUAUAUGGAGCUCUACAGGUGUGUGGCGAUACAGUCAUGAGCAAUGACGAAGCAUUAGACAUGGCACUUGAUGUUUUGUGUAGCACUCAAUGGUUGGAAGGAAUUGCUGUUGUGAAACCAGCCGUCGAAAAAUUAUAUGAAGUGACUCAAAUUCCAAAACCUAAAACAGCAACUACAGCAUCAACCACUCCGACUACAACAACUGUGAAACAAUAA